GCAUCACGAACUGAUUUGUACAUGUCUUUCACUUAAAAGUUAAAUACUUCCUCGUAUCAGAUACGUCCAAAACUGUCACAACCACAUGAGCGAGUGUACAGAUUAGAGAGAGAGAGAGAGAGAGAGAGAGCGAGAGAGCGAAUUGACACACUGAAGAAGCAAAUCUAUUUCCUGUAUUAUAACUUAGUUCCUUAACAGUUGUUUUACAGCGGCAGCUGGCAAAAGUUUCUCACAAGUAUCGGAAAAUGCAAGCAAUCAAGUGUGUGGUAGUCGGAGAUGGAGCUGUGGGAAAGACCUGUCUUCUCAUCAGCUACACUACCAAUGCUUUCCCUGGGGAGUACAUUCCCACAGUGUUUGAUAACUACUCAGCAAAUGUAAUGGUGGAUAGCAAACCCGUCAACCUGGGCCUCUGGGAUACAGCCGGACAGGAAGACUACGACAGACUGCGGCCACUGUCCUACCCUCAGACGGAUGUGUUUCUCAUCUGUUUCUCUCUGGUGAGCCCAGCAUCGUUUGAAAACGUCAGAGCCAAGUGGUAUCCAGAGGUGAGGCACCACUGCCCUUCCACUCCAAUUAUUCUGGUUGGCACCAAGCUCGAUUUGAGAGACGAGAAGGAGACCAUCGAGAAGCUGAAAGAGAAAAAACUUGCACCAAUCACUUACCCACAGGGUCUUGCAUUGGCCAAAGAAAUAGAUGCAGUAAAAUACCUGGAGUGUUCUGCUCUCACUCAGAGAGGUCUAAAAACGGUGUUUGAUGAGGCCAUCCGUGCUGUGCUCUGCCCACAGCCCACCAAGGUCAAGAAGAAGGGCUGUGUGCUACUCUAAGGAUGCAUGAUUGGUCACUGUAAAAGAGGUACCAGAGAAACCCACUGGUUUUCACCCACAAAUCAACAAGGGAUGCAAUUGCAUUACGAAAGCCUUUCUUCUCUUUUAGCUGAAUAUAACUCCUGAAUAUACCACAUUGAUGCCAAUGAAAUAAUAUUGUUGUUGACAAAAUAUUUAAUCAUAUUUUAACUGAUGUAUUGUGUUGUAUUGUGUAUGAAGCGUUUUUGUUGGGUACACGGUUGUGUAUUGUUUUCUCAAGACAAUAUAAAACAGGCGAUCUUCAUUUCUUUAACAAAAAAAAAAAAGCACAAGUACUUGUUACACAAAGCUGAACUCAGAGGGAUUUUUUUAGACGUAUGAAUCACUUCCAUAUAAUACUUUUGUUAUUUUGGCAAAAAUAAACUGUACAACUCUGUUUCCAAUGGCAAAAAUAAAAUGUACAACUCUGUUUCCA